AUGGACAAAUUGCUUCGUCUACCAACUGCUUUUCUUGAACCAGCAAGAAUCUCUUCAACAUACAACAAAGUAGUCUGUCAACUCCAUUUUCGCUCUUACCUUCCUGGUCCAAUGGAUUUUUAUAUUGACUUUGCAAGACGUGCCGCACACGCUCUAAAUAUGCCUUGCUCUGGUACCGUUUAUCUUCCAACAAAAACUACUCGAUGGACUGUUAUUCGUGGUCCAUUCGUUCACAAAAAAUCACAGGAAAACUUUGAAAGAAAAACUCAUAAGAGAUUACUAGUAAUCAAGGAUACAAAUAGAGCGGUAGUGGAUAGAUGGUUAUGGUACUUAACACAGAAUUGUCCUCCUGGAGUUGGGAUGAGAGUUACGCUUUGGGAAUGGAAUGAGCUUGGUGUGGGUCAAAAGAUGUUGGAUGAAGCUAAAGGAAAGGAAGAAAGAAGGAUGCUUAAAGAUGUUGAAACUUUGAGUUCAGAAAGUGGUGAUAAUAAUAAACAAGUUAUUCAAAUGGCGGAUAUGUUGAUUAAAGGGAUGGAAUUAGAUUUAGAUGCGGAAGAUAAGAAGGAUGAAGGAUCGGUAAAAGAAAAAUGA